GAAUACGCAGAGCAACGGAGUGGGGGGCAAAGUGAAGUCAGUGAGGGGCAAGGGUGGAGGGCCGUCUUGGCGUGGGCGCGGGCAUAGAUAGCAUUGGGCACAGGAAGGCAAGCUCACUACCAAAGAUUACACAAUGAGUGACGCUGAGCAGGAGGUACCAGAUGGUCCUGUGGAGAAUGCCUGGGCGCUGAAGGUGCCUGAGUUCCUGCCGGAGCACAACCCGCAUGGCGUGCUCGAGACCAGCACAUUCGCCACGCUGUUCCCCAAGUACCGCGAGGCAUACCUGCGUGAAGUGUGGCCGCUCGUGCAGAAGGUGCUGGAGCCAUACUUCAUCCGCGCCGAGCUGGACGCGGUCGAGGGCAGCAUGGCUGUGUCCACCACGCGCAAGACCUGGGACCCAUACAGCAUCAUCAAGGCGCGCGACAUGGUCAAGCUGAUGGCGCGCAGCGUGCCGUACGAGCAGGCCAUCAAGGUCAUGAAGGACGAUAUCGGCGCCGAUAUCAUCAAGAUCGGCUCGCUGGUGCGCAACAAGGACCGCUUCGUGAAGCGGCGCCAGCGGUUGAUUGGACCCAAUGGUUCGACGCUCAAGGCCAUUGAGCUGCUGACAAACUGCUACGUGCUGGUGCAGGGCAACACAGUGGCGGCGUUAGGGCCUUACCGCGGCCUGCAGCACGUGCGCCAGGUUGUCGAGGAUACUAUGAAGAAUAUCCACCCGAUCUAUAACAUCAAGUCGCUGAUGAUCAAGCGCGAGCUGAGCAAAAAUCCGCAGCUGAAGAACGAAAGCUGGGAGCGCUUCCUGCCCAAGUUCAAGAAGAAAAACACCACGAAGAGAAAGCAGCCGAUGAAGAAACGGGAGAAGAAGCCAUACACGCCGUUCCCGCCUGCUAUGCCAGAGAGCAAAGUGGACAAGGAGCUGGCCUCGGGGCAGUACUUCAUGCUUGAGAAGCAGCGGCGAGCGGCUAAAAAGAAGGAUCAGCGAGAGAAGAUGGCGCAAGAGUCGGCCAAAAGGACGGAGGAGAGAAACAAGGUGUACGUGCCGCCCAAGGAACCCAAGAAGAAGGUGGAGAAGAAGAGGGACAAUGACAUUGAUGUGGAUGCGAUCAAAGCCAAGGUGAAAAAGGCACAGAGAAAGAAGCGCGUGGCUACGUAAUGUGUUCAUGUGAUGGUCGCGCGCGUGACCCGUUUCUUUUCAGGGUGGGGGCAAUUGCCACACUCCCUGGAGUUACCACGUAACAUUGUACGUACUUGUACCGUUGUGAGAUACAUUUUAAGUGAUGUCA